AUGGUCAAAGCUGUCGUUCUCGGUGCCUCUGGCGGCAUUGGUCAGCCAUUGUCUCUUCUCUGCAAGAUCUCUCCCGUCAUUGACGAACUCGCACUCUUCGAUGUCGUCAAUACCCCCGGUGUUGCAGCCGAUCUGUCACACAUUUCUUCUGUCGCUGUACGUGACUUCAAAGGAGAGAAACCAGAGACAGAAGAAGCAAAAAAGACGGCUUUGACUGGUGCAGAUAUUGUCAUCAUACCCGCCGGUGUCCCUCGCAAGCCUGGCAUGACUCGAGACGACUUGUUCAAGAUCAACGCAGGAAUUGUCAAAGGCCUUAUUGAAGCGUGCGCCAAAUACUGCCCCAAGGCAUACAUCUGCGUCAUCUCAAACCCUGUCAACUCCACCGUCCCAAUUGCCGCUGAGGUUCUCAAGGCAGCUGGUGUCUUUGAUCCCCGGAAACUGUUCGGUGUUACCACCCUCGAUGUCGUCCGUGCUCAGACCUUUGUGGGAGAGAUCAUUGGCGAGAAAGACCCAAGAAAGUUGACCAUCCCUGUUGUUGGAGGUCACUCUGGCAACACCAUUGUGCCGCUGUUCAGCCAAGCUAAGCCUCCUGUCAACAUUCCAUCAGACAAGCUAGACGCUUUGGUGCACCGUGUCCAAUUCGGUGGUGACGAGGUUGUCAAGGCCAAGGAUGGCGCUGGUUCCGCAACACUCUCCAUGGCAUACGCCGGUUUCAGAUUCGCCGAGGCCCUUAUCAAGGCAUCCAAGGGUGAAAAGGGUAUCAUUGAGCCAACAUUCGUCUAUCUCCCUGGUGUCCCCGGUGGUGAUGCUAUUGCCAAGGCAACUGGCUGUGAAUUUUUCUCCGUUCCUGUUGAACUCGGGCCCCACGGCGCAGAGAAGGCCAUCGACAUCCUGGGAAGCGCCAACGACUACGAGAAGAAGCACCUUGAAGAAGCGAUCAAGGGGCUCAAGACCAACAUUGAGACGGGUAUCAGUUUCGUGAAGGACCCACCCAAGUAG